CAGUUACCAGUCGCAGACGCACAAACGCAGUACUCCACAGCACUCCACUCGGACAACACUGCACCGACCAGCUCCCAGCAUGGCAGAUAAGGAAGUCAAGGAGAAUUGUGCCACUCCGCCUACAGCAACACACAGUUUGGUGACAGAAGACCACGUGCAGAUGGCUCUCACCGCAGACAAGGGCGCUGCUGCGAGCAUCACCUCCUGGAAAGUGGUGGAUUUCACCAAGAGGGGUGAUAAUUACCUGUGUUUGGUAACCAGCGUGGAGGUUCAGUACGUGCUGGACGGCCGAAACUCAGAGGUGGUGUACGUGGUGAAGAUCAAUUCAGGCAAGACGUUUGGCGGCGAGAGUUUCCUUGAUGUAGUCUUUGAGAAGGAAUCGAAAUUUUACCUCGAACUUGCGCCGCAGAUCAAUUCUGUUCUAAAAGGAAUUGGUCAUAAAGAGGUCAACGUUCCAAAAUGUUUCUAUGCAAGUCUGGAGAAAGGAAGGGAAAUAAUAUUCCUGGAAGACCUGCGACCUAGAGGAUACAAAAUGAGUGACCGUAAGCGUGGGCUGGAUGAGGCUCAUACCACCCUGGUGCUGCAGGAGCUGGCCACACUUCACGCCGCCUCUCUCCUGUUGCAGAGCAAGACCCCUGGCGGAGACCUUGGGGUACACCACCUUUAUAUGAAGAGAGGCUUUGCCUAUCUGAUGCGUAAUUAUAAUUCCUUUAUGAUCUCGGUAGAAAACAGUGCAAUACUUGCCAAGAACAUUAUGACCAGAGUGGGAGGUUACGAGAGGGUGACAGCCUGGAUAGACACUAUAAUUCCUAAGCUGAUGGACAUAUUUAACGAGCAGAUGGAGUGCGGCGAGCCCAAGGUGAUUUGUCACGGGGACUGCUGGAACAACAACCUCCUCUUCAGGUACAGUGAGGCCGGCCAUCCCGAAGAAGUGAUGCUGGUUGAUUUUCAGCUCUCACAGCACGGCCCUCCGACCACCGAUCUCAACUACCUCCUGUUUUCCAGCAUGACAGGGGACGUCAGAAGGCCUAAUAUAGAAUCCUUUCUGGAGUCCUAUCACAGAACCUUCAGCAGCAUCAUGGAGGAUGGACACCAGACAGUACCAUUCACGCCGGAGCAGCUCCUUAAGGAUUUCAGGGACAGGAACACCGUCGGCUCAAUACUGGCCAUGAUUUUCGUGCCCUUGGUACUCUUUGAGACUGAGAAAUCUGUGGAUUCGACCAAAGACUCCGAAGAGGAUGUAGAUAAAGUUCUGCUGGAGGCGAGAGAGAAGUCCAUGGAGACGCUGGACACAAACCCUCUCAUAAAAUCGAGAUAUUUAUCCGUUUUCGACGAAUUGUUAGAAUUAGAAAUUAUAUCAUGAGAGAGAGAGAGAGAGAGAGAGAGAGAGAGAGAGAGAGAGAGAGAGAGAGAUAAUAGCUACAGACCCUGUAUUCUCACAGCAAGAAUCGAUCCACUGAGGCAGCAGAUGAAACAUGAACCAGAGAACAAGAAAUAGAUUCAGUAGCUGAAAGAAAACCUGCGGGAAAGUCGCCAUUGUCACUCAGACUACAGUCAGCGCAACAACUUACCACUCAUCAGCUUAGAGGAGAUGCCGGAAGGUAGAACUCAAUAAGAGACGGAAGCAUAAAUUCUAAUUAAAGGUGUUAGAAAAAAAGUCACUUGGUUGAUCUUGAAUUGCAAUGAAAGCACCAUGCGGACCACCACCCCGAACACCGCCACACUUCACCCGCUAUCUCUCUUUCCUCAAGAUUUUGCUGCUGACAGUCGGUGACGGAAAAUAUUUCAGAAUUUCAAGGAAGCAAAACCUUCCUUAAAGCAAAAUAAAACAAUAAUGAUGAUAACAAUAAUGAUAAUAGUAAUAAUGAUACAUAACCUAAUAAUGAUAACCUAACCUUUAGAAGUAACAAUAACAGUAAUUGCAAUAGUAGGUUUAUAUUUCUAUCCUGAAAUGUGUCUGUCUUCCAGAUGAGGAAAACUUGUUCAGCAAUGAAAAUUUCAAUCUUUUUAGCUCUAUUUCCCCUCGUGACUUGUGACGCCUAACCAAAAACAUCUCCAAUAACAUUACGUCUUCAUCUUGGCCUCCAUCUUCAUCAGAUGGCACCGCAGUCAUCUCAAUCAUCUCCAAUAAUGAGUCUUUCCUCAAACCUUUGCUUAUAAAUACAUACAUUGGGUGAUUCAGGAAUUGUUCCUUCUUGCCUUUGAGCCGACAACUUCGUGGUUAGGUGAGUCGGUUGACGUCUUGUGUGUUGGACAAGUUACGACAGGCAGUUUUGUAAGUGUCUUUUCAACAUUAUGAUGACAUGGCUGUAAAUACCAUAAAGUGUUCUCAUUAUACGUUUAACAAUAAACAUCAGUAACAAUGA